UCCUCAGCCUGAUGAAGGGUUUUUAAACCUGAAAGCUUGCAAAGAAGAAUUUCUCCAACUAUUGCAUUGGUCUAAUAAAAGAUAUCAGAUCAACCCUAAGAACCUUGUCUGGGCUAUGUCCUUAGACCAACAUGACUACAACCAACACCCCUUAACACACACAAGUGACAUGAGUUUUGCUUUCAGCAGUUUGAGGUGCAGUUUCACAGAAACCCCUGCACCACUCUGCGUGAAACCUGGCGGGCCUCCCUCAUGCCUGCAUGAGGGGCAAUGUAUGUGGUGGACAGGGUGGCCAUUUAAUGCCUCACUCUCAGAGCUGGAGGUGGCAGUUUAGUUUUUCACCAGCCAGCAGGGGAAGAACAAACAUCUCCCUGCUGAGCUCCUGUGCCAGGAAGAACUUGGAAGUAUAAGGGCUGGGGCUAUAUGGGGAGGAGGAGGAGGCCCCACGUCAUCCUGGGCAUGACCUAUAACUGCACCCUUCCAGGGUUGGGAGUCCUGGGUGGGACUGUUGGUGGUGCGGCAGCCCUGGGAAACGCCGGGACCACAAAUGUCCCUGGUGAAAGGUGGGUAGGAGUAGGAGGCACCUGAUAACCUCCAGCCACCGCAUAAUCCUGGCUGGGGAAAGCCCAGACCUGUAAAAUCUUUGAGAGGCCUGAGGCUUACUGGUUGCAGUGGAGUUGUGAGGGUGAGAACAGGGGCUACCAUCCCUGCAGUUUUCAUCCCACUACACCUUAACACACACACAGUCACACGUCACGAGUUUUGCUCGUCAGCAGCCUGAGGUGCAGUUUCCCAUAAACCCCUGCACCUAUUUCCUUGAAACUUGACAGGCCUCAUGCCCUCAGAAGAAGGGGCUACCAUUCCUACUGUUUUCAUUCAAAUAUGCCAAAAAAUUACAGUUAUAGGUAUUUCAGUGAUUCCCCAUUACAGUCUAUGGCCAAAUCUCUCUGAAUCAGCGCCGAAUCUUCUGAAGCCGAUUCAGCCGAAUUGAUUCAGGACUGUGAUCCAAAUCUCCAAAUCAAAUCACUGUCCUCCGAAUUGGCUGAAUCUGAAUCAAAUACUUCCCUAUUCACACAGGCCUAACAAUUAAUUAAUGGCGUGCAAUUCGUGGGGAUUUUCUUUUUGUACUGCAGUGAAUCUUUAUGUGGUAUCUGGGUGGUUCUUUCAAAGUGUGAUCUCUGUCUCUGGAGGAGUGUCCUUGUUGGGUGAAGACCCUUUUGAGAUUUCUGAGGUAGCAAUCGUGGGUAUUCUCCUCGGUGCAAAUUCAGUGGUAUCAGAGAGCUUGGCUGUAAACUACAACUUUCUUGGUGUGUUUAGGGUGAUUGCUGGUUCUGUGUAGACAUGUAUGUAGGUCUGUGGCUGUCUUGUAUAUGGUGGUUGUAUUUUACCAUUUUGGAUAUUGAUCAUGGUGUCCAAAAAGGAAAUGCUGGUUAGAGUAUUCAAGCGACAGUCUGAUGAAGGGGUGAUGAUUGUUGAAUUUUUGGUGGAAAUCAGUCAGAGACUACAGGGUUUCAGUCCAAAUGAUGAAGAUAUCAUCUAUGUUUCUCAGAUAUAGCAUGGGCUUGAUGGUGCAGUUUUUGAGUUCUUCUUCUUCCAGGUGGGCCAUUUUGCAUAUUGGCUUCCAUUCUACCCAGGAGAGCACACAGGACACUAGCAGACUCUGCCUAUGCCUGAAGAAGCAAGUUUGUGCUCAAAAGCUUGCAAAGAACAAUUUUUCCAACUAUGGUCUAAUAAAAGAUACCACAUCUACCCAAAUAAUCUUGUCUGGGGGAAUAAAACUUUCUUCAGGAGGCUGUAUUCAGACAUGGAUGAUGUGGCCAGCCCGCAUCAUCAACAUCAGCAAAGUUGAUGUCAGAUGAUCAGUGAAGUUGAUGUCAGACGAUCAUCGCUUCAAUGCUUAUGGGGUUUGCUUAUGAGAGGAUGCUAAUGUUGGUGCAUCUGUCUACCCACUAGAUUUGAAGGAUCUUCCCCAGGCACAAUUGCUGGUAUGUAGUCCCAAUACCAUUGUAAUCUAGUCUGGCUGUGCUCUUCACGUUUCAGCCUUCACAGCUCAGUCCUGGCUCUCAGUAUGAAUUAGAGUCCAGAGUUGUGUGACUAUAAAGUGUAUGCAGAAUAGGUAGCAGCUCUUCCAGACUAGCCUGUUCUAACAGUGCCAGACCAAAUGUGAAGUGCUCCUGUCUAGGUUAUUCACAUGCUUACUGAUUUAUUACCCUCUAGGUGCAUGUGCAUGGCUUCCAUUACCAAUAAUGGAAGUUACACACACAAAAUGAGGGGAGAAUGUACUCCUAAGCCACUGCUGCUGACAUCCACUUACCUCCUGAUCAUUAUCUCCCUGGUGACUCCAUUGCUUUGCAUCACCUACUCUUUAAGUGUUUUACAGUCAUUAUUGGCUUGCUUCUCACCUUGAGUAGUCAUUUGCACCUGUGUAAAGUGAGUGCAAAGUGAGCUUACACCUGUGUUUCACAGGUGCAAAUGAUUACACAAGGCAGUGGAAGCCCAGUGAAGCCACCCUGGCUAGAAGUUGCAUGUCUGUUGAAGCACAGAGCCUCUGUAGCAGGCAGGUGAUGGAAUUCCCCAAUGUGAAAGCCUAAUGGAUGUGCCAUGGAGGUAAACUGAGGGGAGAAAAGAGAAUGAGGAAAGGAGAGACAGAAUUCUUUUGCUUUAGCAAAGAUUUGGGUUUAGGUUUGCUAUGUACAAUGGGAAAGAGUUAAUGUUAUAGUUGGUAUUUUGCUGCAAUGAAGGGAAGUAAAGUUGCAACUGAAAUAUAGUCUAAAGGAGAAUACAAACUUGAAAAGAUGCAUAAAAAGCACAGCUGCUCCCAACAGCCAAAUACAUUGUAAUUUGUUGCUGGGGAGAAAAAAAGGAUCUCUCCUUCCUCAUCAGUGUUACACUGCUGAGGAAAAAUAAAGUAUUGGAAGUCCAUCCAGUGGGAAAGAAGUGACAGGCACUUUUUUAUGUGGAGCAAGCUAAUUUAGACUAUAUGGUUGCCAUUUUUUUAAUUUGACAAAAUAAAUACAUGGAUAAGAGGUUAGUCAAAGUCAAAUGAGUCUCUUAAUAGUAAUGUGUACAUAAAGAAUAAGACUUGUUAAUUCUUACAUGGAAAAUUUGCAUAUGUUAAUAAUGAUUUUAAACAAAAAAAAUAAGGAAAAUGAAAAUAAAAAGGUUACGCCUCAACCUGAGUAGUAAAACUUGUGGCUCUGCUGGUUUUUUCAGUUAGAAGCAGAAUAUGGUAACAGCCUCCUGGUCACAAUCAUUUAUUUAAGGGAAAUGUAGUGUGCUUUUUCCUCAAACACUGGGAUAAUCAAAUAACAGGAGACCACUCCUUUGUUCACUGUUCCAAUCAUUUUUCAGACACUGUUCUCCAUUAAGUUUUUUGCAGGACCUCUUGCCCAUUGCUUGUUUAUGUCAUGCCCUUGGCUUUUUGUUCUGCCUCUUUCAGACAACAAACUUUAACAGAGAACUGUCAGUGAGAUCUCUCCUUCUUCAUGUGCCUCUUUUAGGCAGAGUCUGCUAUUGUUUCAACCAUCUGGUUCUAUAAUGGACCUUUGCUGUUUCUUAUAUUUAUCCCAAAUAAAAGACAGAUGCUACAUCCACAAGUUUCAGUGAGGUUUCACCCAGCCCAAAACACCUCCAUCUCAACUUCAGCCAUCAUUCUGAGAGAACCUAAAUUGGUGCUGAAAACAACUCAUGCAAGAUAAAAAGGGAAAGUAAACAACAAAGUGCUCAAUCUUAAAUAGUUACAUAUUUAUAUUUACAUAUUUAUAUGUAAAUAUAUAUAUAUUUAUAUGUCUCUUUGUAAAGACAAUCUUAUGUGACCAACCCAAACCAUUCUAUUCCCAUCCAAAUGCUGGUGAAAAUGUACUAUAAUAUAAAGAUAAUAAUCUUUAAACUAGCGUGCUUUAAACUAGCUUUGCCAGCGGAUGGGGCCACAGGGGAACACGAGGACACUUCCCAGCCAAGACAGGUGACGAGCACAAGACGUACCCAGGUAAGUGUCAGGGGUCCAGACAGUCCUAAGAUCAGGGGGGAGGUGCAUGCACCCAUAAGAGGCCUUAAAUGCCUCUGCACUAAUGCUCAUAGUAUGGGGAACAAGCAGGAGGAACUUGCCCUCCUGCUAGCUGACACAAACCCAGACAUAGUGGGGCUCACUGAAACUUGGUGGGAAUCUACCCAUGAUUGGGCGGUAAACAUCAAGGGCUACAGACUGUUCAGGUGGGAUAGAAAGGGGAGGAAAGGUAGGGGUGUAGCGCCCUACGUCAAAAAGCAAUACACAUCCUUACCAAACAGUGUUGGGUCAGAGGAUGGGCAGACCGAAAUGCUCUGGGUUAGAAUACAAGGGGGUCAGGGGCAAAGGGACUUAAUGGUGGGUGUCUACUAUCAACUACCCAACCAGGGGGAAGAGCUGGACUGGGAAUUCUCAGGUCAGCUUGUGGAGACAGUUAAGUCAAGGGAUGUGGUCAUCAUGGGUGACCUAAACUACCCGGACAACUGCUGGGAGGAGCAGUCAGCCAGGUCUGACCGCUCACAUAGGUUCCUAGCCGAGAUACAGGACCUCUACCUAACCCAGGAGGUGCACAGUCCCACCAGGGCAAAUGCCUUGCUGGACCUGGUCCUGGCCACAGGCAAUGACCUGGUGAGGGGACUACAAGUUCUUGACCACCUGGGCGAUAGCGAUCAUUGCCUACUGGAAUUCACCAUCCAGCUCAGGGUGUCAAAGGCCUGCAGCAAGGCAGCAGCCCUUGACUUCAGGAGGGCUGAUUUCAAUGAGUUAAGGAGAUUAGUUGGGGAGGCACUGAGGUCCCAGAGGGUAAGGGAGUUGAGAAUCUAAGACGAGUGGUUGUUCCUUAAGGAGACGAUCCUCUGAGCCCAAAGGGUGACAGUCCAAAUGCAAAUCAAAGGGGGCAAAAGUGCUCAAAAGCCCCCAUGGCUCACCAAAGGCAUUCAGGAACAUCUGAAAGUCAAAAAGGAGGUGUACACACGAUGGAAGGGAGGGACCAUCACAAAGGAGGAUUAUACCUCCAUUGCUCGGGACUGCAGGAGGGCUGUUAAGAAGGCUAGGGCGGGGACAGAACUAGGACUAGCAACCAGGAUCAAAGAUAACAAGAAGUCCUUUAUUAAAUACAUAGGGAGUGAAAAGAAGGCACUGGGUAAUAUGGGGCCCCUGCAGGACAUGCUUGGCAAUCUGGUGGUUGCACCAGAUGAUAAAGUUGACCUCUUUAACACAUUCUUUGCCUCCAUUUUUCUGAGCAGGGACAGGGACAUCCCUCACACUGGGAUUCUGGAUAGACUCAGGAGAGGCACAGCCAAGCCUAGGAUUAGAGAGGACCUGGUCAGGGAACUUCUGGUGGGCCUGGACGUGUUCAAAUCAGCAGGUCCAGAUGAUCUCCACCCCAGGGUGCUAAGGAAAUUGGCAUAAGUCAUUGUGGGACCCCUGGCAUGGCUUUAUGAGCACUUGUGGUGCUCUGGCCAGGUGCCAGAGGACUGGAAAAGGGCCAGUGUGGUUCCCAUUUUCAAAAAAGGGAGGAAGGAGGACCCGGGCAACUAUAGGCCCAUUAUUCUUACCUCAGUCAUGGGGAAGCUCUUUGAGAAAAUUAUCCAGGAGCACAUCUGUGAGGGACCAGCAGGGAAGAUUAUGCUUAGGGGCAACCAACAUGGGUUUAUUAGGGGCAGGUUCUGUCAGACUAACCUGGUGGCCUUCUACGACCAGGUCACAAAAUCCUUAGAUGCAGGUGUUGCAGUAAACAUAGUCUUUCUGGACUUUAGGAAGGCCUUCGACACUGUCUCACCCUAUUCUCAUUAAAAAAUUAGGCGACUAUGGCGUCAAUGCUUACACAGUCAGAAGCGUCGCAAAUUGGCUGUAGGGCCACACCUGGAGAGUGGUGGUGGCCUGGUCAUUUUUAACUUGGAGGGACAUGGACAGUGGGUUCCCCCAGGGUUCGGUCCUUGGGCCCGCACUGUUCAACAUCUUCAUCAAUGACUUAGACAAGGGGGUGAAAAGCACCUUGUUCAAAUUCACGGAUGACACUAAGAUGUGGGGAGAGGUGGGCACGCUAGAAGGGAGGGCCAGGCUACAACUAGAUCUGGACAGGUUACAGGGGUGGGCGGAGAAGAAUAGGAUGGGAUUCAAUACUGACAAGUGCAAGGUACAGCAUCUAGGGAGAAAGAACCAGCAGCAUACCUACAGGCUGGGGAACUCCCUUCUCGCCAGCACAGAGGCAGAAAAGGAUCUUGGAGUCACUGAUUGCAAGAUGAACAUGGGCUGCCAAUGUGGGGAUGCAGUCAGUAAAGCUAACCGCACCUUGUCAUGCAUCCACAGGUGCAUCACGAGCAGGUCCAAGGAGGUGAUCCUCCCCCUCUAUGCAGCACUGGUCAGGCUGCAGUUGGAGUACUGCGUCCAGUUCUGGGUGUCGCACUUCAGGAGGGAUGUGGACAGCAUUGAGAGGAUCCAGAGGAGGACCACUCGCAUGAUCAGGAGGCAGCAGGAACAACACAUGGUACCAGAAGUGGGAUGUGAAUCAAGACAAAAAAUGGAACACCUAAGAAUUCCACAGGAUUAAAAGCUGUUCAGCAAUGCAACAGAAAACUGGAAGAAAUUUAAGCAGAGCCAUAUAUAUGAUAGCCAGUGGAGCUAAGGAGAAGGAAGAUUCACUCAAGGAAAAGAACAAUGAUCCUGUUCCCUGACCAGAGGAGGAAUCACACAGGAGGAGAGAGUUCCAACCCUUUUCCAGCCAACAGCCAAGCAAGGAUCCAAAAGUUUUUCAGUGUUUUACAACAGUAGGAACUGAGUCCCACAAGUCGGUGAGGAAGGCAAGGAUUUUUAUUCAGUGUACAGCAGGAGAUAAUCUGGCACAGAGAAGUACAAGACCCUGUUCCAUGGAGUGAUGAGCGCUUAUUGUGUUAAUGAGCUAAUAAUGACCAUCAUUACCCCUUGGUUUCAUGGGAGGUUAAGGUGCUCAAUUCCUUUAAGCACUGCUCAGCAGCUUGCACGAGUCAACUCUAAAAUGAUUUGAUCAAAUUAAAAAAGAGAUGCUACUUUUUGCUUAUUUUUCACCUCUCAAGCUUUGCCCUCCUCUUUCCUUCUGACCACUGAAAAUAAAACCUUUCAAUGCUCCA